CCAUCGAUCGAUUUUUCCCACAUCGGCUGCUGCUACUGUCUGUCUGUGUUCCUUUUCAGAAUAAGUGCUCGUGUCGCUAGGACACCUAAUAGAGAGCAGUGAAAUUUACCCUACCACAGGAAAAUAUCCAUGUUGAUUCCUUGGGCGACGGAACUAGUAUUGCGAAAUUUAUAGUGGUGGAUAAUUAGAAGUAACACAGUGCACACCCUUCCGCUGUGAUCGCGUGCAAAAUUCAAUCCAGUGCAGUGUUUCUUUUGUUUUUAUCAGUGAAUGGUUGGCGAUUGAUUUUUGGUUUGGUUACUGGGCGACUAAAAGCAAGUAGUUCAGUCCUUCCGAAGUGUAUUUCGAGCUCACGAUUGAUCUACGAACGACAGGAUUGAAAUUCCGGAAGAGAACAUGAAAAUUUGAAUAAUUACUGGUUGUGCUACUUUUCUACGAUUCAUUUUGGCCAUCUUCGCUACAAAAGGAAAACAUUUCCUGGAAAAGGGUGCAGCAGAUUCGCGAUACGGGGAAGGUGUGGAAACCAGGUGGAGUCAAAGUGAAAGUUGCACAAUCUCUCGGAUAGAUCGUAGUCAGUCUUCUAGCCUCGGCGCAGUUGUUUUUGGAGUAAAUAAAGAUGUCAUCACGCUUUGAGCUGGAUAUGCCCGUGGCUGGGCCGGCUAAUCUUCCACCCAUCCAGAGGCGACAUGGUCCGGUGCCGGACGAGGAAAUGCUGACCGUGGUGGAGGCCGAUUACACUAUACGGAAACGGCGAAUUUGGGCUCCCGAGGAGGAAGAUUCACUCGGCUCGGAGGACAUUGAUUUGCUGGACGACGACGAUGAACUCGAGGAGGAGGAGGAUGAUGGCGUCGGAUGUCCCCUGCCGUCGACACCGGAGGACACCCAGCUGCUCGAGGCAGAAAUGACCGAGGUACUCAAGGCGGGCGUCCUUUCAGACGAAAUUGACCUGGGAGCGUUGGCACACAAUGCCGCCGAACAGGCUGAGGAAUUCGUGCGCAAAGUGUGGGAGGCCUCGUGGAAGGUGUGUCACUUCAAGCAUCUCCCGGCCUGGCUGCAGGACAAUGAUUUCCUGCACAAGGGACAUCGACCGCCGUUGCCGUCGUUCAGUGCCUGUUUCAAAUCGAUCUUUCGCAUACACACCGAAACGGGCAACAUUUGGACGCAUUUGCUGGGCUGCGUGAUGUUCAUCGGGAUUGCCACGUACUUCAUGACGCGACCCUCGUUCGAAAUGCAACUCCAGGAGAAGCUCAUCUUUAUGGCCUUCUUUAUGGGGGCAAUUGUGUGUCUCGGGUUUUCGUUUGCCUUCCACACGCUGUGCUGCCACUCGGAGAUGGUUGGCAAGCUGUUCUCGAAAUUGGAUUACUGCGGUAUAGCCCUGCUCAUUAUGGGUUCGUUCGUCCCCUGGCUGUACUAUGGAUUCUACUGUCACUACAAACACAAAAUGAUCUAUCUGACGAUCGUGAUCGUGCUGGGCAUCACAUCGAUCAUCACUUCCCUGUGGGAUAAAUUCUCUCAACCGAACCUAAGACCAUUACGUGCUGGUGUCUUCAUGAGUUUCGGUCUGUCCGGUAUCAUCCCAGCGAUUCACUACGUACUAAUGGAAGGGUGGUUUAGCAAGAUCUCCCAAGCCAGCCUCGGUUGGCUCAUUCUCAUGGGACUGCUGUACAUCCUGGGAGCACUGUUCUACGCACUGCGAGUUCCGGAGCGAUGGUUCCCGGGAAAGUGUGAUAUUUGGUUCCAAUCCCAUCAGAUAUUCCACGUGCUCGUGCUGGUGGCCGCCUCGGUUCACUACCACGGCAUCAGCGAGAUGGCAAUGUAUCGGGUAACGGUCGGCGAGUGUGACAUUCCCCAUCAGCAUCCGGCGAUGAGUUUUUGAGGUUCCUCCAGUGACAACUAGAGAGAGCGACAACACAAAAUGAAACUGCUGCUGUGUGGGCUGAAAUUUGAGGUAUGAUUUCACUCACACCCACCCCUUUCAUGGUUUACUUAAACUCUAUUUAGAUGAAUCUGCAGAAAGGUAUUUGGAUUGCUUAUUAUUCUUUCUUAUUUAAAAUAAAACAGAAAAACAAAAUUGGGAACGAAUGAAUUUGAUCACGAACUAUAAUUUUUGUUAGUUUAUACAAUUGAAUUGUUUUGUUUUCUAGUGUAUAUUGAAAAUUAUUAUUUCGUUUUUUUUUCUUGAACUUUCAUCAAUUUAUAUUCAUGUUUGCCACUGGCCGUCUGGUGUUAUAUUUUUUGUUUAUUAUUUAACGGUCACAUCGGGCGGCCGAAAAGGUGACAGUUGCACAUCCCAAUCUAGAUAAAAAGCUGGCAGGCUGAAUCUACAAACACAAGCUUUAGUAUUUUCUUCUAAUUAUUAAUAACAUUUUUUAAGUCAAAAUAUUAGAUUAUGAGAAAAAGGAACUACACAAGAGAAAGUCGUUAUGUGAAAUUUAAGAAGAUGAAAAAAAAAGUUGUUAACGAAACUAGAGCGCGCAUCCAUACACAUCCAGACAUUGAUGAUGCUAAUGGUAACGAAGGCUAACGGUUUGAAGCAAAAAUAAAUCCAAUAUGAGAACACUUGUAAAAUACAAUUUAUUCACACAACAAUAUCGGUGGAACACCGAGGACUACAAACAAUAAAAUGUCUGCGCUAUGAAGUAUAAUGGUUCAA